AUGGGCCACAGGAAAAACAAGAAGAAGGCGCGCCCCGCCGCCGCCGCCUCCGCCUCCACCAAUGUUUUGCCGGUCAACGGCGACAAGCCGCGGGCGGAUUCUGAGGCGUCGGCCAACGGAGAUGUGAUUCCACCGCCAAUGCCCACUUCCGUCGAGCCGGCCAACGGCGACGGGCAGCCGCCGGCCAAUGGAGAUGGCGAUGCGCCGCCGCCGCCGCCGCCAUCACUUGAGGCGGCCAAUGGUGGCAAGUUUCCGGUGGAUUCCGCGGCAGCGGCCAAUACGGACGGAACCCCGGCCGCCCCGCCGCCGCCUCAGGCGCCCAACGGCGACAAGACGCCGGUUGAUUCCGCGGCGGAGGCCAACCAAGAAGUGAUUCCGCCGCCCGUGGAUUCCGCGGCGGCGGCCAAGGCCAACCGUGACGUGGUUGAGCCGGCUCCAUCGGUUGAGGAGGCGGGCAUUGGCAGGGAGCCGAUGGCUGACGAGGAUGCGCCAGACGAGAGGCCGGAAUCGUCGGCGCAGCCUGACCGUCAGGCGGAGAAACUCAAGGCGCUCAACAGCAAGCUCGUCAAGGAGGCGGUGGAGACGCGGGGCCAGGUGGCCGCGCUCACCGCGCAGGUCGACGAGCGCUCCGCCGACGCCGGCGCUCUCGCCGACCUGGAACGCCAUGUUCUCCAGGCCGGCCUUAUUUACCCCUUCGUCGCCGCAUCAGAGCAUUGCACGGCGCUGCGAGGGCACCUCGUCGACGCCCAGGAACCGCUCCAGGCCGCGAAAGCGAGGGCUGCUCGCGAGGCGGAUGCCAGGCAGGAUGCCGCGGCGCGCCUCGUGGUGGCCGAAGCGGAGAACCUUCGAUUCGUGGAGCUCCUCGGCAGGAAGGAUGCGGAGGCGGCGUCCGCGUCCAAGAAUGUCGCGGGAAUGGAGGCUGUAGUUUCCGAACUGGCCGGGAACAGUACCGAGCUCUGUGCAGACAAGGGUGAAUUGGAGAAGCAAUUGGGGGAGAUGAGCGCCUCUGUUCGCAGCGCCCAUGCUCAGAAGGCAGAGUUGGAGACAAGCUUUGACGAUUACAAGAUGAAAGCUAAGAUGUAUGAGCAGGAAAUCCAGGAGAAGCUUGAUGAGAAAUCAAAGCAAUUGGAGGCUCUGAGUUCCAGCAAGGCAGAAAUGGAGGUGAAGUUCCAGUCUCUGGAGGCAGGGUUGUCUGCAGCACUGGCUAAUAACUGGGAACUGGAGUCGGAGGUGAAGACUAGCAUGACAGAGUUAGCUGAAGCAAACAGAAAUCUGGAGAAGCUCCGAUUUGAGGUUGCAGAUGUCGGUAAAAAGUAUACCACAGUGCUGGCUGAGGCGGAUCGUCUCCGGAAGGAGAUGGCCAAGAUGAUGGCGACAAAGGAUGCGGCUGAGGCUGCAUUUGCUACUGAGAAGACGCAGCUGCUCAAGGAAUUAGAUCGACUGAACAGGAAGGUUGAGUCGAUUCGGGCCAACAAGGAUGCUGCCAUGACUUCUUGCCGUCAGAAAGAUGCCGAGGCUGCAAAGCUGAAAGCCCAGUUGAAUGGGCUGAGUGACUCCCUUGCUGAACAACGUGUUCUCUGUGAUGAUCUCAGGGCCAAGUCUUCUAGACUCCAAGAUGAGCUGGACACGGUUAAGAAAGCACUUGGCGAGGAGAGAGCCCAAGGAGAUGAGCUCAGGUCGACGCUUGGGGAGCUCGAGAGAUACAGUGCCCAGAAGGCACGCCAGGUUGAGGAGCUGAAGACCGAAGUUCAGAAUAAGCGUGAACAGAUCUAUGCCUUGAAUGGGGAGGUUAAGAACCUGCAGCUAGCAGUCGCUGAUGCAGAGGAGAGGGGGAAGAGCGGCAAGGUGUGGACAUGGCUGUGCCCUACCACGACUGUCAUCGCCGCCGCGUCCUUUGCCUACGCUGCUCGUAGAGGGUGAACAGAAAACUCUUUUACCCAUGUUUUGUUCGUUCGCUGGAGAGUAUGCAUAAAUAAGAAUAACCUGCAGUCUACCACUUAUGUUUAUACGUGCUUGCUAUAUGAUGAACCUUUCGUGGUCGGUACUAUAAAUUGAAGUUUCUCUACCUUUACUUUGCAUGUGCGCGUGGAAUUGAGGUUGUCAUUUUGCUCAAA